AUGUCGUCGCCGUCUGCCUCCGCCACCCCAGAGCAUGCGCCGCCCGCUUCCUCGUCCAAUGCCCGCCGCUCCUUCACGCUCCCCGCACGCAUCGCGAAUAACCCUCGACCCACGCCGGCAUCUACGAACAGCGCCGACGGAAUAGAGACUCUCUUUGUCUGUUCGUCCACCAAGAUAGUCUCAUUCACCGUCUCCGGCUCUAGCAGGAAAGCCUCGCCCUCUCGCCGCCAGCCCGCAAAAGGCGACGAUGACACAGCUCAUCCUAUACCGUGGAGGUCGGUCACGGAGCGCACAUUGGCAGUCGGCGUGUUGCGAAUAUAUCGCGUGACAUCGUCUAAUGUCUCAUUCCUAAACUCCGGUAACCUGCUUCACACCAUUUUCCCAAAAUCGCAAUGCUGGUGCGUGGACGGGGAGUCCAAGUUCGUGCUUCGGAUACGGCAAGAUUCGUACUAUCGCAUAGAGCUCCCCUACGACACAGCAGAUGACAAAGAGAAGGUUGAGGAUUUCAAGGCAGUGCUGGGCCAGGUCUUGCAGUAUGAGAAGACUAGGUGUCCGUUCAAGAGAGGAUUUGAAGUAGAGCUGCCAGAGCGUCCGAAGACACCGCCGCGCAGACGACCGAAGAAACCCCCAGAGAAGGCGAAAAAGUGGCUGUUCGACAAGAAGUGGGUGCCAGAGGGUGCUCCAAGGCCUUCUACGCCUGUUCUAGAAGGUUCAGACUCUGGUACCGCGUCUUCGUAUGAAGAGGACGAUCGCUCCAACAUCAAUACUGACAGGAGCGAAGCAGUGCCCGAGUCCCCGGUAACCCUCUUGGAAGUUACCCUGCCACAGCCACUACCGGUGCCGUCCGUUCCGCAGCGAGCUAAAAUGUUCCAAGGAAUGCGGUCCGUGACGGCGCCGACAGCAACAAGCGUGCAUUCCUCAUCACUUUGCGGUACGCCGAUCCCGGAGGAAUCGCACGAAGAGCGUGAACAGAGAGUAGAAACGGGUUUGCAGCGGAAAGAUUCUGUUGACGCGCAGAGCCUGCUGUCUAGCGUGGAUUCCUUCUACUCGUUGGAGAAUGCUACCCAGCGCAGCCCCUCUCCGCCCUUCGUAGACGCCGAGGUCGAGCUUGGCAAUCCAUGGGUGGAGGAACACAGCCCGAAUGAAGAGCGAGAUUCCAGAGGGCGUAGCAAGCAUCGCCGACAGACUUCCGAAGUAACGUUGAGGGCUUCGUCGUUAGACCACGCCGAAGAAGCUGCUCCUGUGACCCCAACAAUGGAAGAUCACCCUGCAUCAACACCGACUAUUGAGGUUCAUCCCUCGCCUACGCCAUCCACGCCACCCCUCGUCAGCGACUCAGACGAGGAUAGCGUUGACCCGCCCUUGCUAGAUGUACCCACCCCACCGGAUGCGAUCCGGCUGAAGAGGCUUACUGGGGCGUCCCAGAGACGCGCCUUCUCACCGAUGCCGCGCCCGCAGAACUUGUUCUGCCCUCCGGCGCAAGGCCCAAGAAAACAGUUCACGGCGGCCUUGAUUCGGAAGACGUGCGAGAUUGUACUCGGGCCCCCGGCUCAUCUGGUGCAGGUAAUGCUGCGCAUCGCCGCGAAGAUUUCGGACGGUAUGUUCGGCUUCAACACGUACCGCGUCCGGCAUACCGGAGAGAAGAUACCUUGCUCGUGGGAAUCGAGCGAUGAGGAUGAGUGGCCAGAGGAAGAUGAUUUUGGCAUACCCCUGCGGACGCUUGACGAUUCAACACUCAGAAGGAGAGGCUUUUCUGGCGACAUUGAUUGA